AUGUCUGAUAACUCGACCAAACCCGCAAUCCCAGAAUGGCAGCGCAAGGCCUCGUCAACGUCGUCACCGGUCCAUCAGGGCACCUCCGAUAAGCCAACUGAAAAAGCCACCGCAACCGAAGACGAACAGACCACCGCAUCCCCUAAUAGAUCAGCUCUGCUAGAACAAGCAAAGACCUUUCUUGCUGAUCCAGAAAUCCGUGAUGCCACGACAGAUCGCAAAAUAACGUUCCUCGAAUCAAAGGGUCUCACCAACGACGAAAUCGACUCGUUGCUCGGAGUAAGCCGCAAUGAGGAUGCGCCAACAUCUACAGAAACGAACGACACAGCCAGUAACCAGGCGACGAUCAACAAUAAUACAGCUUCUGCGACAGCGAUAGCAUCUACGCCGCCAUCCAAUGCGACGCCUUCGCCACGAGACGUGCCGCCGAUAAUCACAUAUCCUGAAUUCCUCGUUAAUGCUUCAGCGCAGAGCAACCCCCCUCUCAUGUCACUUCGCAGUGUGGUGUAUACUCUGUACGGUGCCGCCGGAUUAGGCGCAACAUUUUAUGGCGCCAGUGAAUUCCUGGUGAAGCCCAUGCUCAGAUCACUCGGUGACGCCAGACACGAACUUGCCCAGACCGCGUUGAACCACUUAUUGACUCUGAAUGAAAAGCUGGAGAAUAAUGUAUCAAAAAUACCCGCACGACCACUGUCAGGCAAGCUUGGAGAGGAUGACGAAGACGAUGAUACGGAGUCUAUCACAUCGGACCCAACAGAAGUUUUCCACCGCGACAUCGCAACGCAAACAACCCCCGAGCUGAUGGACGACAGCCCCAGUACAUUCGGCGCAUCCUCGACCAAUACUGACGACAAUCCACACAAAGUGGUAGACUCUCACAAACAAACACUCGCCAAAAUAACCUCCCACCUCCAAGAAUUUGUCUCUGACGACACCACAUCCGGCGAGCUGGACGAUACAAUGCGAAAGCGGAUAUUAGAUCUGCAGUCAUACCUCGACGGACUUAAAUACUCGUCGUUUAAUUCAUAUCUCAGCAACAAUAACUUAUAUAACAAUAGCUAUAACUACUCAGUCGCCGGUGGGGAUACGAGUGGCGGUAAUCGGUCCAAGGAGGAGGAUGCGAUUUCAGCUUUUAGGGCGGAGAUCAGAGGUGUCAAGGGUGCCCUGUUGAGUGCGAGGAAUUUUCCGUCUGGGAGGCCUGCGGGCGUUACGAGAUGA